GUGAACUUCAGCAUUCGACCAUUCGUUGUUCAUAAUUUUAACUGUAACUACAGUGUUAUGUGUUCAUUCUGCUUCUACACACAAUCCUUCUGCGCUGAUUAGAAAGUGUUCGUUGUUUACUUUUCUUCGAAAUAUUUUUUAUUGCUUGAAAUUGAUAAAAUUUGUGAAUACUGCAAGCACAGUAGAGCAAAACAGCUUCAAUUUCGCCAUGGGAGAAAAUCAGCUAAUAGUUCAUAACUGGAGUUCCACUAAACCACUUGAUUCUGAACAAUACGAAAAUUUUAAUUAUUUGUGGAUAAUUCAUCGCUAUGAAGAGAGCUUCGACGCGACUACUUCAGAAAUACUAUCGCCUGAAUUCUCCACUCCCUCGAAUGAGAGACACAAAUGGACUAUAAUACUCGAGCCCCGCUCCUACUGCGACAAAUACGACCUCUACUUCGUCAAAUUGUCUCUUAGCUUCGCCUGUGUCGAAGCAAAUGUUGAAUUAUCGGCGCGAUUCAAGUUUUCAAUCUUGGAUUCUGAGCGAAGAGUUGCCCUAGAGAGACGAAGCACAUUCCGUCAAUUUAAAGACGAUAAAGAAUGGUUUAUAGACAACUUCAUUGAAAGAGACGCCUUAUUCGAAAGAAAAGAAAGCCUGUUACCAGAUGAUAAAUUAUCCAUUUUGUGUGAAAUCACUUUGCGUCCUCCAUCAUCUACACAACACGAAGUAUCCAAUCAGCCUAGGUUCGAUAUCAUGCCAAUAGAAACCCCAUCAUGUAGUGCCUUAUCCGAUGAUCUAUCCCAAUUAUUAGAAGAUCAAGAAUUUUGUGACAUCGCCAUGUUCGUAAAUGGCCAACAAUUCAAAGCUCAUAAGGGUAUUCUCUCUGCACGAUGUGCUGUAUUCAAGGCUAUGUUCAAACAUCGCAUGAAAGAGGCCAAUAGUAAUCGAGUAGAAAUAACCGAUAUUGAACCUGACGUAUUUCGCGAAUUAUUGCAUUACAUUUACACUGGAAACGUGAAAAAUACGGAGAUGGCGACAUUCGUGGAUUUACUCGUCGUGGCCGAAAAAUAUGAUUUGCAAAGCCUCAAAUUUUUAUGCGAAGAUGCAUUAUGCAAACGUUUAUCGAACGACAACGCUGCAAAUAUUUUGAUCAUGGCUGAUUUGCACCAAUCGGAAAAAUUGAAAGCCGCGGCAAUUUCUUUCAUUAAAUCGAACUCCUUCGCUGUGAUGAGCACUGAUAGAUGGAAAGACGUGCUCGAAAACUAUUCAGAUUUGGUUCGCGAUGUCAGAAUUGGAAAUGUCAAACCAAAACGAAGAACGAAAAGGAAAAUGAAAUAAAACUCUACUUUUAAUGGGAAAAAGAAAAUAAAAAAAAAAUUAAAUUCCAGCUGAAAUCCUUGGAAUUGUAAAUUUUUCAAAAAGCAGCAAGAAUCAAUGAAAUAGGAAUACCUACUUUAAAAAAAACAAACAAGAAAAAAGUCUCAUUUUUUAACCGAAAAAUUUGAACAAAAAUCUCAUUUUCAAAGAGGAUUGCGAAUACCUAAGUAAUUUCCUGCCAAUUAUUGCAAAAAAAGCUUGUUUUCUUCUGAAAUUGUCAAAGUUCUCGGUUUUUUGUAAAAAGUUCCAAGGCCCACUUUUUUCCAAAAAUUAUUCAAAGAUCUAGCAUUUAUCCAAAAAUUAUGAAAAGGUACAUUUUUUUUUUUUUUUUUUUUUUUUUACUUGAAAUGGCCAAAAAUUGCAAAAAGGUGUCGUUUUUUUACCUAAGAAAUUCAAAAAAUCUCACGUUCGAAAAAAAAUUACGAAAAAGUGUCAUUACUUUACCAAUACCUAAUUCCCAAAAUUUCCACAUUUUGCUUUUUAAAAAAAUCUUGCGAUUAAAAGUAGGUACAAUGUUUUUGCCAAUAAAAAUCUACUUUUUGCCAAAAUUGUCAUUCUUGCUUUUCGCCAAAAUUUUUCCCCUUUUUUAUACGUUUUUUAGUAAGGGUAGAGGCACCAAAUAUGGACCACUUUUUUUUGAAGGAUUGCCACUUGAAAACUAUAGGAGGUAGAAACCUCCACAAAGGCUUAAAAUGAAGUUCCAUCCUUCCACUAACACUGUACAAAACUUCAGGGGUGAAGGUCAACUUUAAGUAUGUUUUUUUUAUUGUUGAGUGAUGAGUGUCAAAAUGACAGUUCGAAAUUUUGGACGCCUAAUAUGGACCACCUAUAAAAUUUCAAAAUAAACAUACUUUCACAUUUUUCAAAAGGUCAUAUUUAUUUGUAGAAAUGAACAAAAAACGUAUUCUCAGCAGUUCAGGUUAAUUUUGAAUAAUUUUUUUCAAAUUGUUGGAUGGCGAGUGUCAAAAUGACAGUUCAAAAUUUUGGACGCCUAAAUAUGGACCACCUAAAGAAUAAUUUCAAAAUAAACAUAUUUUUACGUUUCAAAACAUCAUAUUUAUUAGUAGAAAUGAACAAAAAAAAGGAUUUCAAGCAUUCCCCUUUUCAGCGGCUGUAAAAAAUGAGUAAAAAAUUCAAUAUCACAGGUGGUCCAUAUUAGCGCACCCCAUAAAAAAAACUUUGCACCAAAAAUUUCUGUACGUACUCUCAAUUUUAGCAAAAACUGAUCACUCCAGCAGAAACUACAUCCUUUUUUGAUAUUAUAAACAUCAAUGACAUUUAGAAAAUUACACCACAUAUAUAUUUUAAUAAAAGUUGAAAAACACACUAAAAAAAAUUUUCAGUGUCUCAAAACAGUUUUUUGUGAAUUUCUCAGCGAGUUUUGAGUUUAUAGUUGUAAUUUUUGUCUCAUUCGUUUUUUUGAUGAAAAAUACAUCAGAAUACAUUUUUUCCUGACAGAUUGCGCUAAUUACCAACGAGAACGGGCGCUGGUCCAUAUUGCGGACUGGUCCAUAAUUGGUGCCCUUACCCUUAGCAUUAUUAAAUGUAAUACAGGGUGGGCCAACAAAAACUCCCAACUUUCAAACGCGUCGCAAAUGAGAACUAUGAGGUUUUCAGAGUUGGUUACACUGCGAGGUGAUUCUCCAGACUUGGCCAUUUAAGAUGAACUCUUAUUUUUUGACUAAACACAACUUGAAUGCCCUCCGCGCCGGAAUUUACAUUCCACCUGUCCAUAUCAAAAAUUUGUAAAUGGAAAAAUUUUUUGAAAAUUUUUAGUCUCUUUAGUUUUCCGCAUUUACUGGACGAACCGUACGUCCUAGAUAAAAUCUGAUGACAGUGAUCUGAAAGAGAAUUAAAUUCUCUACAAUUUCGUAUAUGUGAAAUUUUUAUAGGACGCUUAGUUCCAAAACUGGACAUUCUUGAA